UGCGCGUCCGCAGGAGCGCGAGACUGGAAGAAACACACACACACACACACACACACUGAGACACUUUGGAUGGACUGAGAAGGCUUGCAGAGAUUGAAGGAAGUCCGGAAGUGGACGCAAGUACAAGCAAAAGAAAAUAUUAUCAGAGGUUUGACUUCUGGAGGUUCCAGGAUACUUUGCGCGUUUUUUUCAUUUCUCGGCUCAGAAACACACAGAGACGUCACACGCCAUGCAGCACUACGGCGUGAACGGGUAUUCCCUCCACGCCAUGAACUCACUGAGCGCCAUGUACAACCUCCAUCAGCAGGCGGCUCAACAGGCCCAACACGCACCCGACUACCGGCCAUCCGUACACGCACUCACACUCGCUGAGAGGCUGGCUGACAUUAUACUCGAGGCUCGUUACGGCUCUCAGCAUCGUAAGCAGCGGCGGAGUCGCACGGCCUUCACCGCGCAGCAGCUUGAGGCUCUGGAGAAAACGUUUCAGAAAACACACUACCCGGAUGUGGUGAUGCGUGAACGGCUGGCCAUGUGCACCAACCUGCCCGAGGCGCGAGUCCAGGUGUGGUUCAAGAACCGGCGGGCGAAGUUUCGUAAGAAGCAGCGCAGCCUGCAGAAGGAGCAGCUCCAGAAGCAGAAGGAUGCCUCACCUGAAGGAACAUUAGGAGCAAGCGAUAAGACCGACGCUCCCUCCACUGUAAACCUGGAGAACCCGCUUCCUCCUUCGUCCACGUCCUCUUCCUCCUCCAUCGAGGCUGAGGGGCCGUCGGAGCUGAGCGUGGAGCUAAACGUCACCUCAGCGGAGCAGUCAGGGAGCGAGUCGGCCACAGAGGACAACACAACCGACAGGGAAGAAGAGAUAAAGCUUCACCAGGAUGACAUGAAGGUGGACAAGUCUGGGAGUCUUUCUCCUCCCUGUAAACGCCUCAGCCCCAAACCAGAAUCUCCCCUCGGCUCACCGGUGAUCACAUCCGGGGCUAACGGCGUGACUGGAGGCAUCUCUCAGAGCCAUUCAUACUCAUCAUCACCGCUGAGCCUCUUCCGUCUACAGGAGCAGUUCCGCCAGCACAUGGCUGCUACUAACAGCUUGGUGCACUACCCAUCGUUCGACAUGGCCGCCCCGUCCUCCUUGCCCUACCUGGGCAUGAACGUGAGCGUCCCAGCACCGCUGGGUUCACUGCCCUGCCAGUCGUAUUACCAGUCUCUGUCCCAGCACGCGCAGCAGGUGUGGAGCGGUCCUCUGCUGCAGGCCUCCGCUGCGCUGCCCGGCCACAACAGCAAGACAAGCAGCAUCGAGAACCUGCGGCUACGCGCCAAGCAACACGCUGCCUCUCUCGGCCUCGACACCAUGCCCAACUAAACACUAACUGCGACAAAACAGGACACGCUCGGCUGAAUGAAUCCCCCUAGCUACCACCUGGAUCCGCAAAGACACUUCACAAAAUCUAUGUAAAGAAAUGUAAUGUCAUUUCUGAGCAACUUUUUUUUCCUCCAAGUAUUUUUUAUUUAAGUUUUUGUCAUCAGUGAAAAGUAAAAAAUUCUGCAGCGGUUUUCGAAUUGAGAAAAAUGCAUUUACUCUAUUUUCUGGACUAGAAGUUGCACCUUAGUAUAAGACACACCACUCUAAAUAAAGUCUGCUAAAAACAAUAAAUUUAUACACAAUGUUUUAUAGGAUGCUGUAUGGAUAGCAUUUUACUUACACAUUUAUUUGUAGUUGUUUUAGAAAUAAGCAAACAACAUAAGGCUAAUAGCAAAAUUCUCACACGCAUCAUUUCGCUGUAUAUGUAAGCAAAAAAAGUGCCUUAUAUUCCAGAAAAUAAGGUAAAUGUGAUUCAUUUUCAGUAGGUUUCAUUGAACGUAUUAAGAAAAUGAAACACAAUCAGCAAAUGUCCAACAAAAAAUUAAUGCUAAUGCUACUUUUUUUUUUUUUAUAACACACUUACCUUUCUUCCCAUUUGUACACGUACGCGUUACAGUAAACCUGCUUAAUUGUAGCACUUUUUCCAGAAAAGCUUCGUGCUCUGCAUGCACUGAGGCCGUUCUAAUUCAAUUAGUCAAGUGCUCAAAUUACACAUUACAUAAUUCUGUACGUAACGUGUAAAUCCCUGCCUUGUAAUACCAGAUUGCUUAAUUAAACCUGACUAAUUCACCUGUUUUAUGGCCAGCAUUUAAACCAUGUUAAACUGCAAAUGGCCGGAUAAUUAGAAAAUAAUAUCACUGACUCCAUAUGCAAAGCUUUUAAUUACAUUUAGCCUUGAGGAAGAAAUGCAAUUACAGUCCAUGCAUAUCAUUUCAGAUCGCUGUAUAUCUAACGCUCCGAGGGGAAAAUAAUUGCAAUGAACAGAAAAUUCAAGCCUUUUUUUUUCCCCAGUGCAUGUUAGCAAGGUGGUGCGAUUAGCCGAGACGGUGGAUAUAAAUUAAUAAAUAAAAACGCUCUGAUUUUUUUUAUUGCUGUGUUAAAGUGACAUAAUUUAAUACACCGAAUAUUUGUUUUAUUUUUUUUCCAUUUGGGGAAAAAAAAAAUUUGAAAAAAGAAAGCUCCAAGCACUUCCAUACACAGGAAGUCCAUAUGGAAAGCACUUCCUCCUCUCGCCGUGUCUGUAAACUGUUUUACUCUGUAAAUUACACAAAGUCUUUUAUCUAUAAAUGUUUACUGGUAAGGCAAAUGUAAAAAGUUUUAUGUUUUAGAUUGAGAAGGACGCGUCCAGCCUCCCGUGAUGAUCCUCGUAGCUGUCCGUUGUUGAGAUUUGUACGAGGUGGACGCUAGUCCUGCGUCAGAUAUUUAACCUUUAACAGUCUGGUCGUAUAUAUAUCUAUCUAUGUAACUCCUCCAGUUGGUUUUCAUUGUUGCUGUGCUCAUAAAGUUUUACUCGCUUGCACUGUUUCCAUCACAGUAAAGUGGUGAACUCGUAGUGUACACUGGUGCCGGGUAAGAACAAAUAUAUACAUUAUACGUUUUUCUCUAUUACAACUGUAGGCUUGAGAACUUGUAAAAUAAGUCGUCAAUAAAACAUUGCUUGAAGAUAUUAAAACAAGCGAGGUUUGUUUUUUGAAGAUUUC